AUUAUUCAGGGUCUCUUAACACUUCAAAUUUGGCUUCUCAGCCCCUCAGCGAAGCUCGCGUUGACUCACUCGCUGAACAUACUGACAAACAUAGACACAACGAUUGAUGAAGGGCGAAGAUCCAUCCGCAAGAACCGCCAUGACGAAGAGAGAGAACUCCGAAGAUGGAUUUGUCGGUAACAGACACUACAGGUUCUGGUGGGUCAUAAUUGCGAUCGUUCUUCUGGCUCUUUGGUCCAUGUUCACCGGCUCGAUUACUCUCAGAUUGUCCGCUGCCAAUAUUCUACGUUUCUCCUACGACUCCGGUUCUAGGAUUCUCGACGAUAUCGAUGUCCUGGAAUUGGAGGAGAGGGAGAAGACGGUGAGGCGAAUGUGGGAUGUUUACACUCACAGCGCCGCCAAUCGGUUGCCGCAGUUUUGGUCGGAGGCAUUUGAAGCUGCUUACGAGCACCUGGCCAGUGAAGUUGAUGGCGUGCGAGAAGCUGCCGUUUCCGAAAUUGCAAAGAUGUCGUUGCACUCUUCCAAUUCAGAGCAGCUUCCUCCUCUGCAACCUAAUAAUAGUACUACUAGAGUAUCAAGAAAAAUCAAGCAAGGGGCAAGGAAGAGCGUGGAUAAUAUUAAGGCUGCCAACAUCUAACAACAGGAAUGCUCAUAUCCUCAUCAACAUUGAAACUUCGACAAUUGAGGGUUCUGGUGUUCAAGCCUGAGCAGGCUGAAGCAGAUCGUUUAUGGAGAUCACGUGCUCAAACAUAUUCCCUUUCCCUCUCAUAAUCUCGGCACAAUCGGCCUGCAGACUACUUGAUGACGGUUUAUAUUGAUAAUACAUUUUUGGUUGUGUACCUUUCUAUGAUAUCAUUUAAAUUUUAUCAUUUUUAUUAAUUUAAUAUAAGUCAAUAUAUUAAUAUAUCAUAUAAAUAUAUAAUUUACAAGAA